AUGGCUGAGAUAGAAGAAAAAAAAGUAACAUAUCCUUUGAAAGUAGUUUAUUGUUCAGAAUGUACAAUGCCUUUGGAGUAUUGUGAAUAUAGUGGAAAAAAAUGUGCAACAAGAUCAACUCAGGAAGUAACAGAAAGUGUAGAUGGAAUUAUAAUAACAGAUAAUGAUGUACAAGAAGAAACUAAACAUCAAACACGUGGAGGAAGGGGAACCAAAGGAAAAGUAGCAUUUGAAGAACCACAAACUAUAACACUUCAACGGGCUUCAAGAGGAAAAAAUAAAUAUACAACAAUUGUAAAAAAUCUCAGUACACAUAAAGUUGACUUAAAAGUUGCAGCAAAGUUUUUUUCUUCAAAAUUUGCUUGUGGUAGUAGUGUAACAGGACCUGAUGAAAUUGUUAUUCAAGGAGAUGUUACAGAUGAGUUGUUUGAUGUUAUUCCAGCAAAAUGGCCUCACAUAACUGACGAUGACAUUGAAGAUCUUGGUGAUGGCAAAAAAUAA